UCCUGGGAACUAGAAUAGUUAACUGUUCUAACCUAUGAGCGCGUUGUCAGACGGGCAGAAAAAUGCAGGAGAGAGCAAAACUGGAGAGAUGAGAUGUAUGAGUGCCAUGGACAACGCUCCACGGAAGCUUACUUGCGAGUAAGUUUCACAUCUGAGGGGACUUACCUUGCACCGGAACAGACGGUUAAUGUUGGGAGAUGGAGAUAUCAUGGAGAGCUCGUGCCCUGUUGAUGUUGUUAUGGGUAGUCCAAGGUGACUCGCAGCGGGUGGAGAUCCCCAGGAGAGACAUGGAGGUGGUGAAGGGCCAGAUGGCUGUGUUGCAGGCCUGGUACAGCCCCAACUCUGACAUCCAUAAGAACACAGUCAUCUGGAACUUCAUGGCCAACGAGUCCAAACAAAUCAUCUCCUACACCCCAAACUUUAUCAACGAUGGAAGCCCAGAGUUCAGGAAGCGUGUGGGCUUCAGUGUGUCCAUGCCCUCUGCUAACCUCUCUAUCUUCAUCAACAACACCCUGGAGUUGGAUUCAGGGCGCUACUUCUGUAACGUCAUCAUCCCUGGUUCUCCAGGCCUCACCGGGGAACUGCGCCUUAAUGUCAAAGUCCCUCCCUCGCCUCCAGAGUGCACUCUGACAGGAAACCCUGUGCUGAACGGAAACGUGACUCUAAGCUGUAAGUCCAGCUCUGGCAAACCUGUGCCUCAGUACAAGUGGACCAAGGCAGCCCCAGUGUCCGAGGUCUACUUUUCCCCUAUGCAGAAUGAGAGACAAGGCACCCUGAGGCUGAGCAAUCUGACAAAAGGCAUGUCAGGGAAGUAUGUGUGUCGAGCCAGCAACACCGCCGGAGCAGACAGCUGCUCCAUCAACCUGGAGGUCUUUACCUCUUCCAACGCCGGGGUGAUCGCAGCCACCGCCUUGGGGUCCAUAGUUGGCCUGGUAGCCAUUGUGCUCUUCCUCAUCUUCAUAUCGAGAAGGAGGGGAGACACAGAAGAGGAGAUUGCCAAUGAAAUUAAGGAGGAUGCUCCAGCACCCAAGCGCGUAUCCUGGGCAAAGAGCGGGACAGGAUCAGAUAACAUCUCCAAGAACGGCACACUGUCCUCCAUAGCAACGAGUCCCCAACCACGAGAUCAGCCCAGUUUUCACUACCCAUACCCUUCCGCACCUGCCUCGGACACAGGCUCCUUGCUCAAUGCCUACCGGCUGCGACCUGGCGAGCCCAACCCCUUACAGGGCCUCCCGGGUUACAACAUCGGUGGCACCCCUCCACACAGGAACCACAGGAGCCUCCGACCGCCCAGCACUAAUGGAGUCCCUCCCCAGGCCCCCCACAGCCUCAUGCUCAACACCCCCAGCAGGACCGAGGGGGCCCAGCCCCAGGUGCCACAUCCUCUCACGAUGCUGGCUAGCAUCAGCUCCUCCACCCUGACACGUAUGGGGGCUGUGCCCAUCAUGGUUCCAGCUCAGAGCCAGGCUGGGUCCCUGGUUUAGCUGACGUUACUGUUUCCUUUGUGAAAUAUUAAGAACUAACUUACUGAAAAACUAUUACCAUAUGGAGAAAAGGGGACUUUGUAGGUGAAAAACUUUAUCCAUUGUUGUACUUUGACAAAGUUGAAGGUGCUCAGUAUGUUGUAUAGCUGACACAGCAUACAAUUGUUAUUUAUAUUUGGUAACUGUAUUUUGUUUAAUUUUUUAUAAGCAAAAAGAAAAUGAUAAAUUAAUUUUAUGUACAAUUUGAAGUUAAAAACGUUAUUGAAUUAGUACUGUAUGUUUAACAGUGAUAUGAUCUCUCUACUGAUACAUAUGUAAAUGGUCAACCUUAAUGAAUGUUGCUUUUGUUUGCAGAUACAUUUGAAGUCAUGUCAUAUUAGAUACAUACACAGUAAGAGAUCCUCAAAAGAGGUUUUACUUUUUCCAUUAUCGACACGUGCUAAAAUCUACAGUCCACCAGAUUUUUGCCACAUAAUGAGAUUACCUGGCCAUUACCUGGAAGUUUUCCUUAGACCAGCUAGCCUACCUUUCAGUAACACUGAACUUGAUGUGCCCUACAACCCAGGUAUUUUAUCUAAUGUUAAGGAUAAACUUUGACAUUGACUGAUACAUGUUUGAGACAAUUGAAGUAUAUUUUAGGUAAUUCAAUGGUGAGGUGGUUUUAUCACAUUCAUGUAAACUGAGAGCGUAUCAAUAUAAUUCCUGGUUGGUAGUUAAUGUACACUCAUCUGCCACUUUACUAGGUACCACUUCUAGUUAACGCAAACAUCUAUACAGCCAAUCAUGUGGCUGCAACUCAAUCCAUUCAAGCAUGUGAACAUGGUCAAGAGGGUCCGCUGAAGUUCAAACCAAGCAUCAGAAUGGGGUAGAAAGGUGAUUUAAGUGGUGUUGAACGUGGGGCAUGGAUGUUGGUGCCAGACGGACUGGUUUCAGAAUUUCAGAAACUGCAAUCUUCUCUAGGAUUUACAGAAAAUGAUCCAAAAGGGAGAAACUGUCCAGAGAGCGUCAGUUUCCUGGGCUGAAAUGCCUUGUUGAUGGGCAAGGAGAAUGGGUAGAAUGGUUGGAACCGAUAAAAAGGCAACAGUAACUCAAAUACCCACUCUUUACAUCUGAGGUAUGCAGAUGAGCAUCUCUGAAUGGAAACAAAUUCAAAAACUUUGAACCUUGAAGGAUAUGGAUUACAGCAGCAGAAGACUACACCAGUGGCCUCUACUCAAUUUGGAUCACACAGGUCACUAAAACUGGACCAACAUUGAAAAAUGUUGCCUGGUCGGAUGAGUCUCAAUUUUUUCUGCAACAUUCAGAUGGUAAGGUUAGAAUUUGGUGUAAACAUGAAAGUAUGGAUUCAUAGGACUCAUUUGGGUUAGGGUUCUAACCCUAUUGUUUAAACGCCAGAGAAUUGUUGUGAAUUUAGGUAAUUCUAUAGACAAUGGGGGUUCCAACCCUGUACAAGCAAGGAGUACCUAAUAGUGGCUAGUGAGAGUAUAUUUCAUUUAUAACUGCUUGGUGUAAUGUUAAUGUUGACUGGCUUUGAGAUUUUAGUUUUUCC